AUUGAUCAAAGUACUAAUUUUCAAAAUGCGCAACAUAUUAAUAUAUACAGCAUUAAUUCUGGUUGCACAUGGGAUAUUGUUUAUAGGAGGAACAAAUCAGUCAGAGAUAUGUGAAACAAAUCGUCAACUUCAACAAUGCAAAAAUGUUACGAAUAAAGUUCUGCAGCCAUUAUUAGAUUAUACACCCAAGGUAAAAGACGAGCUGGGUAUAUUUAAACAAAAAAGAGCAAUUACAGAAUAUAAGACAAAUCGGAGAUAUAAUAAAGGGAUCAUAAAAGAAUUGAGAGGUCAGAUAAUUGAUCUUAAAAAAAACAUAAAAUUUCAGAAAAAAACUAUUCAAAGGUUAACUCAAACACAUGAGAUUUUAAAAUUAAUCAAUAUGAAUAAGACAAACAACGAUUUGGAAGUUAGUAAAACAGAUAUUGAUAGGCUAGAGACAGUAAUUAUUUCUCAUAGUUGUAUUUCGGAUAUUCAUCCAACAAGUGUAUCUGGCUAUGGUUAUUUCGAUGUGUUGUACGAUAAUAAGACAGCAGGUCCUGGCUGGAUAGUCAUUCAGCAGAGAAUAGAUGGCAAAGAAAAUUUUGAACGCGAUUGGAACACUUACUCAGCGGGCUUUGGUUCUUUUAGGGGUGACUUCUUUCUUGGCUUAGAGAAAAUUCAUCAACUAACGAGCUCGAUGCGCUAUGAACUUUACAUUCACAUGGAGAAAUAUGAUGGAACUACUAAAUUCGCUCAUUACGAUCAUUUUAUAAUCGAGGGCAGAGAUCAAGACUAUAAAUUGAGCAGUUUGGGUAAUUAUUUAGAGAACGAUGGGAAAGGUGACUAUUUCAGAUAUCAUAAGGGCAUGAAAUUCUAUACGUUUGACCGUGAUAGAAGUGAUGGCUGCGCAAAGGACUUUCGAGGAGGCUGGUGGUUCUUUGGUUGUGCAGGAUGUUUUUUGAAUGGAGUCUACUCGGAGACUGACAAUGGGGACAAACUGUCAAAUAAUUUUUGGUCUGAAUACGGAAAUCUUAAGAGGACACAAAUGCUUAUACGCCCAUAUCAAGAAUGAUUUAAUUCUUUAAUGAAUUCAAAUACUCAUCAAGACAACGAAAAACAGCAAAUGCGAUUUUAAAUAAAAUAAAAAAAAAAACACAUUCAUUCAACUGAAUUUUGUUGGUU